GAAAAACAUAUAUCUCGGGGACGAAAACAAAAACCGGGUAAAACAAUAAACCCAUCAAACGCCAGCACACCGAGCGCGAGUGUGUACACAGUGUGGCCUUGUGACGCUAAUGAACGUUGGUUUGUGGUUAAGCUGCAGGACCCGGCGUAUAAUCUUUUGGGUUAGGUCCAACCGUACGGAAGCGGUUAAUCCGACGUAUCGUUUGCCAGACGCAGUGUAAACCGGACCGUCACAAGAAUGGAUAAGCAGUGUGGACUUAUUUUUAAAACUGGAUUAAUACUUAUACUUAUACAAGUCGCUAUCUGUCUCAAAAUCAACGAAAUUCGGGUGCCAUCGUCCUACAGUAUAUCACGUGAGGAAGACAAACAGAGUCCUCUCGUUUUAGGAUGCGACUACGAGGUGGAGGAGAAUGAUUCAAAAGGAUUUGUGCUGAAAUGGAAACACAAUGGUCUUCAGAUCUACCAGUGGAUCCCUUCAAAAAAUCCAGUUGUUUUUAGCACUUUUAAGGGACAUAUCGAUGCCAGCUACUCUGAGUCGGACGAUCGUUUGCACAAACACAGUGCCUUAAAGUUUAUCAAUCCCAUGGCAAAUUACACCGGAAACUACACCUGCCAGGUCCAAACGUAUCACAACACGUUGUCGAAAUCGGCUCACAUGCAGAUCAUUGUUCCUGAAACUGACUUUUCGCUCGGUUAUCAACGUGAAACUAACGGCAGCACGGUAGUGUUUUGCACAGUUGGUGAGAUCUAUCCGUUACCCGAGGUGUCCAUAUUGAUCGACGAUCAAAGGGUGUCAGAUGUCGUUGUUACCGAUCAAACACAGGAAUACACAGGAUACUAUAAUGUUACUGCACAAUACAUCCUUCCUGAUCAGAACAAGGACAUGAAGAUUGAUUGUGAAGUGACGAUACCAGCGACCGAUUUUAAAUUACAAACCAGCAUGUCCUACGUCGGUGCGGCAUUCCGUAUGAAUCCAGUUGCUUUGCAAGUGUUUAUGUGUACUAUUGUAACUGCAACUUUUGCAAAAAUGUUGACCAUAUUCUAAAAUUUGAGGCUAUACGGACGCAGUUAUAGACAUAGCUAAGCAAAUGCCUUAAAACUCGAACGAAUGGCGUGUAUUCGUUUCCUUGGCACUAGAAUUCUUCUCAACAUACCGCUAUUGAAUUAUGGUCUUCCUAAGGUUUUCUACUGAGUGACAAUGAAUUGUACGAUGAUUGAAUAUUCAUUGCUCAGGUACAUUUCAUCCAAAAUCAGAAAAUGUUUGUUUCCCACGUGAGCGAGUCUAUCAUCGUUUUAUUUAUCUGUUUACCGUACAUAACGUGAAUCAUGUGCAAUUGAUUUUUUUUAUCUAUCGUCUCAUUCAGUUAACGUUAAGGAAUGGGACAUGUUGUAAAUAAUUGUUGUUUUCGCUUUAAACGCGCUUAUUUGUACCACCGAUACGCUACCGGUGUGAUCAUUUUCGUCAAACGAAGUUUGUUGUGCCUUGAUCAGUUGUUUCGCAGCAAGUACUAGCAGUGAAAAACUGAGGAUCAGAGAUACAAAUAAAUCUAAAAUAUUAUUUUAAAUAAUUAAAAUAUUAACCUAUCCCGUACAACAAUCGUUUGUUUAUUCCGCCAACACAGUAGCAUCAUCCGUAUGUGGUUAAUGUUCGAGAUAUAAUGUUUUAUAGCUGCCAAAUAUGGUUAGAUGUAAAAUAUGUCGUGUGCCUGUGCUCGUGAUUGGUCAGAUGUACUUGUAAUACUGCUGAGAAUAAUGAAACCUGUAACACGUGUUGACGAAUAAAAUAC